ACGUGACCCCAACAGUGCUGACGUCUACCGAAUCGAUUACAACAGCGACAUUAGCGCCACAGACGGAGGUGUUUUCUUGCAACUUUGAUGACCCAACAUUUUGUGGGAUAGUUCAAGAUCAGACAGACGAGUUCGACUGGAUAAGGGAAGAGGGUCCAGCAGACUUUCAAUACAUGCAUUUGACAGGCCCAAUGUAUGACCAUACCAGCGGUUCUGGUAGUUACGUCUUUGUACAGCCUGACGGCCAUUCAGAAGGUGACCAAUCACGCCUGGUGUUACAUAAUGUGCCAGGCUACGGCUCCAGGUGUCUGUCCUUCUACUACCACGCUUUUGGCAUUACCAUGGGGAACCUGUCCAUUUACUAUCAGCUAAAGGGUCAAUCACGUGUUCUUUUAUGGCAAAAAAUCGGAGAAGUGGCCAACAAGACGUAUGACGAUGCUGGCAAUAUGAACGGUCCUCCGUGUAUCUUUCCAUUCACAUAUAAGAAUAAAAUAUACCACAGUUGUACAUUGGAAGAUUCGCUCAAUGAUAAACCUUGGUGUAUUACCCGCUUUGACCCACAGCUUGAAAGUGGACGAUGCUUUACUAGUGGCAGUAGAGCCUGGUUACAAGGCAGUGUUGAGCUCCCACCCGGUGCUGGCGAUCUUGUUAUAGAGGCCACGCUGUCGGACAGUCGCUUUGGAGACCUGGCUGUGGACGACAUUGUUAUCACUGAGGGAAAGUGUCCACGUAAUUAUGAUUUAUAA